GCUAUUUCCAUGACAAUGGGUUCCUUUACAUUGUAGACAGACUAAAGGAGUUAAUAAAAUACAAGGCAUAUCAGGUUUCUCCCAUGGAAUUGGAGCAGGUUCUUCAAUCUUUGACUGAUAUUGUUGAUGUAGCUGUUACCGCGUAUCCUGAUGAAGAAGCUGGACAAAUACCAAUGGCAUUAGUGGUGAGAAAACCUGGAAAAGACCUUGAAGAAGCCCAAGUUAUUGAUUAUGUCGCAAAGCGGGUUGCGCCUUACAAAAAAAUCCGUAAGGUCGCCUUUGUCAACUCUAUUCCAAAGUCGCCAGCAGGAAAAAUUUUGAGGAGAGAGUUGGCAACUUAUGCUCGAUCUGCGAUUAUCUCUAGGUUGUGAAUGUUUAAAUGGAAAUGCAGAAUCAUUCUUCCUUGUAGUAUCAAAGUUAUGUUGACUGGACUAUGAAGACUACGUGUAUUAAGCUUGUGUCAGAAAUUCUACAGAAGUGGAGGGAAAUAAUAAUGCGAAUGACAGAUGACUACUCAAAUAA